AUGAGUACCAAGGUCGAUAUAUUCGGAACCAAACGCAAGCGUGCUAGGCUUAUUAGGGAGGAAGGUGUACGCAGAAGUACCACCGCUGCAAACCGCGACCCCCAAGUGCCACGCCGCCCCCAAAGGCAGCACAGCCAACCUACCACUGUAGGACCUACCAUUGCAGAAGAAGACAUUUAUCAAGAAGAUGCGCCAACGGACUUCAGCUGGAUACCGGAUGAUCACCCGCAUGUGGGACAGGCUGACAUUGAACUGACAGCUGCGGCUGAUCAUGGGGCAUGUGAUUCAGACGAUUACAACGAGGACAGCGAGGAUGCUGACGAAUCAGAUGGCGCUGGCGGAGCGGGCACCUCUUACAGACUCGCGUUUGACCCCCAACUCGCUAAUCUGUACUUCCAUCAUCUUCCCAAUAGCGCCGUGGAGCGAGCACCUAGCAUCCGGACCAAGUACGCGCUUAUGACCAGAUGUUUUGCACACGACCUAAUUCCGAUAUUAAAAGCCCGUAUACAGAAGAGCGUGUCGAGAUCCAUAGUUCGGCUGACCCAGUGGUCGCCUCCUACCAUGCCUUUGAGCCCACCCAGCGACGCACACAGAGCACCUAGCAUCCAGACCAAGUACGCGCUUAUGACCAGAUGUUUUGCACACGGCCUAGUUCCGAUAAUAAAAACCCGUAUGCAGAAGAGUGCGUCGAGAUCCGUAGUUCGGCUGACCCAGUGGUCGCCUCCUACCAUGCCUUCGAGCCCACCCAGCGGCGCACACAGAGCACCUAGCAUCCAGACCAAGUACGCACUUAUGACCAGAUGUUUUGCACACGGCCUAGUUCUGACAAUAAAAGCCCGUAUGCAGAAGAGCGCAUCGAGAUCCGUAGUUCGGCUGACCCAGUGGUCGCCUCCUACCAUGCCUUCGAGCCCACCCAGCCUAUCCCACUCUGUAACAGGCGAUGAAAGCAGAACCGCUGACUGCGGGCAUCUCUGCGAGGAGCUGCGGGUUCACCACUGGUGCUCUUGUGGCCCACGGCCACAAGUGGUGUCAGGCAGUUUGAAUCGAGCUCGAAGCUGUAAUGCAUAUUCACGUGUACAUGUCUUCCUUUUCUUCGCGGCCAGCUGUUCCAACACUCGAUUCCACGUCUAA